AUGAUGGCUCUCGUUAUGGAACCUAUUAGCAAGUGGACGCCCAAGCAAGUAGUGGAUUGGAUGAAAGGCCUUGAUGAUUGCCUCCAACAAUACAUAAAAAAUUUUGAACGGGAGAAGAUCACUGGUGAGCAGCUGCUGCACAUCACUCACCAAGAGCUGGAGGAGCUGGGAGUCACUCGCAUUGGCCACCAAGAACUGAUCCUGGAAGCAGUUGAUCUGCUAUGUGCAUUGAAUUACGGUUUGGAGACUGAAAACCUGAGAACUCUGUCUCACAAGCUGAAUGCCUCAGCCAAAAAUCUUCAGAACUUUAUAACGGGUAGAAGGAGGAGUGGCCAUUAUGAUGGCAGGGCCUCCAGACGACUGCCAAAUGAUUUUCUUACCUCUGUAGUUGAUCUGAUUGGUGCUGCCAAGAACUUACUAGCCUGGCUGGACAGGUCUCCAUUUGUCAGUGUGACAGAAUACUCACUGCUGAAAAACAACAUUGUUCAACUGUGCCUGGAACUAACAACCAUUGUGCAACAGGAUUGUACAGUGUACGAGACAGAAAAUAAAAUUCUUCAUGUGUGUAAAACCUUGUCUGGGAUUUGUGACCACAUCAUUUCCCUCUCAUCUGAUUCUCUGGUGUCACAAUCAGCACAUCUUGAGGUAGUUCAUCUCACCAGCAUUAUGCCCAGUGAGGGUUUGGGAAUGUAUAUCAAAUCAACAUAUGAUGGACUACAUGUAAUUACAGGAACCACUGAAAAUUCUCCUGCUGAUCAGUGUAAGAAAAUCCAUGCUGGUGAUGAGGUGAUCCAGGUCAACCAUCAAACUGUGGUUGGCUGGCAGUUAAAGAACCUGGUGAAUGCCUUGAGGGAAGACCCAAAUGGAGUGAUUUUAACCUUGAAAAAACGGCCUCAGAAUACCCUGGUGUCUGCUCCUGCCCUUCUGAAGAACGUGAGGUGGAAGCCUCUUGCACUUCAGCCUGUAAUUCCAACCAGUCCAACAAGCAGCUCUACAACACCAACAAGUACAAUGGGCAUAUCCUCAAAAAUGGACAACUCUGCACUUCAGGAUGUUUUCAUUCUGUCUCCUAUGUCAGGACUUUAUGGCCCCAGGGAUGAAAUUGGACUAAUGUCUUGUGAUGAUAUCAGCAAAUUUGGAAAGUCUGGAAUGAAAGGCUCUGAGUCUCCUAGCUACUUUCUGGAGCAUGAAAGUGGGAAAUACUACACCUUAAUUGAAGGUGAAGGCCACCCUGUGGGCUCUGAGUAUGAGAGAAGCAGAGCUGCAGGAGUGAGGAGAAGAGAAAAAACACCCACUCAUGGGGAUUUAAGGCCUGUAUCUAUGCCCACUGAGUACAGUUGGAUAGGGGAGUCAAAAGAACAAAACAUGUACAAGAGGGGAAGUAGAGAUUCAGAAAAUUCACUCCUGAGGUAUCUGAGUGAUGACAAGAUACUGGUUAUCCAAGAAGAGCCUUUGACACAAAAAGACAACAAAAGGGACACAGGCCGUAGGUCAAGAAAAAAGGGCAAACCCACGAGCAGUCCAAAUUACCCUAUUAGUCCAUCUGUAUUGACAUCUACUGUUAAUGUGAGGCUUGAACCUGGACAGCAAGAUGUUUUGAAUUUCUCACUAGCAGAAAACAACACUGUUCCUCUUUAUCAUAGAGCAGGGGACACAGUCAGUGGAGACACUGAAAGAUAUGCAAGUUCUGCCAUUGAUCGUCAAGGAAGCACAUCCAUGAGGAAGUCAUUCCAUUAUGCUUCCCUCAGGGUAAAAAGCAGAAAAUGGUCAAAAGGGAGCUCUCUGACAAGUGGGAGCAGGAGGAGGAUUUCCUGCAAAGAUUUGGGGCACGGGGAUUGUGAAGGAUGGCUGUGGAAGAAGAAGGAUGCCAAAGGUUAUUUCACACAGAAAUGGAAAAAGUACUGGUUUAUUCUGAAGGAUUCAUCCUUGUACUGGUAUACAAACCAGAAUGAUGAAAAAGCAGAGGGAUUCAUUAGUUUGCCUGAGUUCAGGAUAGACAGAGCAAUUGAAUGCAGACGAAAACAUGCCUUCAAAGCAUGCCACCCCAAAAUCAAGAGCUUCUACUUUGCAACAGACUGCCUUGAAGAAAUGAAUAGAUGGAUGAAUCGUUUGGGUCUGGCAGCAAUUGGUUACACACCUGAUGACAAGGACAUUCAUCCAGAUGAAGCAGAUUACUGGAGUGAAAGUGACCAGGAUGACAUCGAUGGCUCCUUAACCCUGAAGCAGGAAGGGUCCUCAACACUGUGUGACUCCUAUCAUCGAACACCCUCAGUGAACUCCUCAAGUCCAUUCCCUGAAACCCAGCACGGUCGCCACUUUUCCAGCGAGUCCACGUAUUCCCAGUCUUCUGCCGAGGAUUCCCGCCCAGAGGCAGCAGGGAGCACCCACUCCUCAGGCUGCAGACCUCCCUACAGAGAAAGGCGCUCGUGGCAGGAUCUGAUAGAGACUCCAUUAACCAGUUCAGGACUCCAUUUCCUUCAGACUGUUCCUCCUGAGGCAGACUACAUGAGUGGCCGGGCAGGAAUGUCCCCAGAGCACCGGAGACAAGCGACCCUCCCGGUGCAACGCCGCCAGCAUUCCGAGCAGGAUGGGCCCUUCCCUUUGGUGGAAUGUCCCCGUGGACACAGCUCUCAUGGCAGGCCACAGAAGCAACGUAGUCAAAGUCUUCCCAGAAACAGAGAUGUCAGGGGUAAGGGACACCUAAAGGCCAUAGAAGGAAUGGAUGAGAUGCUAGAAGAGCAAGUUCCCGUUAGGAGGCACAAUAGCUUCUGUGCAGAAGAAAACACAAAGGAAAUUGAAGAAAAUGUAGAUGGUCUGCAAGAGCUGUACAAAUCUCUGGAAGAAGCCAGUUUGUCAGCUUUUGGGGAGCUGCGUCCUUCCACCAAGCAGGAGUUCCGCAAAUCUUUUGUAAAGAGAUGUAAUGACCCAAUUAUCAAUGAAAAACUUCACCACAUCAGAGUUCUCAAGAGCACUUUAAAAGCAAAGGAAGGGGACCUCACAGUGAUCAACAGCCUUCUGGAUGAUCCCAACUUAACAUCCAAGAAGUUUAAAGACUGGAAACUAAAGAACUAUGAGUUUUUCCUGGACAUUUGUGAGUACAGUGCUGCUGUGAAAUCACAAAACGGAGCCUCUGAACUUGCAAGCUCAGCACCCAUGCUGACACACACACACUCAUUCAUUGAGACCCACGUCUGA